GUUUGUGGGAUUUUCAUGGGCUUUUUCAUAGGAAAGAACAAAAGGAAGAAUAAAGGAUGGCAGAGGACUUAUCUGCGAGAAGUGAGGAGGCCGGGCGCAAGGACUCUUUCUUCCCAACUCCCUCCCUGCCAAGCCUUCCAGCAGCCAACUAUUACAAAAGAGGGGCAAACCCAGAAAGCCUAUAGCUCCCAUGUUAUAGUUUCUAUAAAUAUACCUUACAACUAUUCGACCAAAGCAAGGACCAUUUCUUCUUAUACUCCAAACGCUCAAAUUCAUACAGAAGACGAGAUGGUUGCCAGGCGCUAUCUUCCUCCUCUGUUUAGCGUAGCUCCCAUGAUGGAGUGGACUGAUAAUCAUUAUAGGACUCUUGCCCGCCUCAUUUCAAAACAUGCUUGGCUUUACACAGAGAUGCUUGCAGCUGAAACUAUUGUAUAUCAAAAAGGGAAUCUGGACAGGUUCUUGGCGUAUUCACCAGAACAGCAUCCUAUUGUUCUUCAAAUUGGUGGGAAUAACUUAGAAAACUUGGCAAAAGCCACUGAACUUGCUAAUGCUUACCACUAUGAUGAGAUUAAUUUCAAUUGUGGGUGUCCUAGUCCAAAAGUUGCAGGGCAUGGUUGCUUUGGUGUUCGUCUUAUGCUUGAUCCAAAGUUUGUUGGAGAGGCCAUGUCAGUCAUUGCUGCCAAUACAAAUGUUCCUGUCAGUGUCAAAUGCCGGAUUGGUGUUGAUGAUCAUGAUUCAUAUAAUGAGCUCUGUGAUUUUAUCUACAAGGUUUCUUCCCUAUCACCAACUAGGCAUUUCAUCAUACAUUCACGGAAGGCUCUACUAAAUGGCAUUAGCCCAGCUGAUAAUCGAAGAAUUCCUCCACUGAAAUACGAGUACUAUUACGCCCUCUUGCGUGACUUUCCAGACUUGAAGUUUACAAUAAAUGGAGGCAUAAAUUCUGUUGUUGAGGUAAAUGCAGCACUAAGAGAAGGAGCUCAUGGUGUUAUGGUUGGACGUGCUGCAUACAACUUCCCUUGGCAGACUUUGGGACAUGUUGAUACUGCAAUAUAUGGUCAACCAAGUAGUGGUCUUACACGCCGCGUGAUCCUUGAACGAUAUCAAGAAUAUGGCGACUCUGUUUUGGGAAGAAAUGGAAAUAAUAGACCUAAUGUCCGAGAGGUGGCGAAGCCUCUGCUCAACCUUUUUUACUCAGAGCCUGGAAAUAGUCUGUGGAAACGCAAAGCUGACUCUGCUUUCCAGCAUUGCACGACAAUGAAAUCCUUCUUUGAGGAAACGCUUGUGGCAAUCCCUGAUUCAGUCUUGGAUUCACCUAUUGAGGGGGUGCCAUCCGGUCGUGAAGAUCUUUUUGCUAAUGUACAAGAUUUACUGCCAUCCCCAUAUGAUGUAAGAGAACAAGAAGCGGUGUAUGCAUAGAUUUAUCAUGUUCUAAACUCCUUGGUUCCCAAUUGAUAAAUCUCAAAUUGCAAUUCAUUUUUUUGGAAUACGGCCUAAUUGGUCCCAUGCUACAAUAUGUAUCAAAACAUAUAAAUGGUUAAUUUAAAAAAGUUUUGCUGUCAUUCUUUAUGGUGAUAAGAA